AUGCAACUGAACCCAGAGACACAGCCCAGACUCAGGGCACAAUCCCCAGACUCAGGGCACAACCCCAGACCCAGAGACACAACUCUAGACCCAGAGACACAACCCCAGACACAGGAACACAACCCCAGACCAGAUAGCCACAACUCCAGCCUUCCCCAGACCCAGGGCACAACCCCAGACCCAGGGCACAACCCCAGACUCAGAGACACAGCCCCAGACAGAGACACAACUCUGGGCAGGGCCACAACCCCAGACACAGAGACACAACCCCAGACCAGAUAUACAACUCCAGGCCAAACGCCUGGCCCUGAACCCAGAAGAUACAGCCCUAGACCCCAGGGCACAACCCCAAGACUGAGGGCCGCAACCCCAGACCAAGAUAUACAACCCCCAGACCCAGAGACACAAUCAGACCCAGAGACACAACCCCGGGCUCAGAGACACAACCCCCAGACCCAGAGACACAACCCCAGACCCAGAGACACAACCCCCAGACCCAGGAACACAACCCCAGACCCAGGAUACAACCCCAGACCAAGAGAUGACCUCAGACCCAGGGCACAACCCCAGACCCCAGGGCCACAGCUAGUUGGGAACCUGAUCCCAAGCCAGAGACACAACCCCAGGAGCCAGAGAUUUCAACCCCAGACUCGGGGAGUUGUCCCAGACUCAGGGAACCCCAACCCCCAGACAGAGACACAACCCCUGGGCCAGAGACACAACCUAGACCAGGGCAAUCCCAGACUCAGGGACACAAUCCCAGACUCAGAGACACAAUCCCAGACUCAGAGACCUGGCAGACUCAGAGACACAACCCCCAGACUCAGGAACACAACCCCUAGACCCAGGAACACAAUCCCAGACUCAGAGACCACAAUCCAGACUCCAGAACCUAAUCCAGACUCAGAGACACAACCCCCAGACUCAGGAGCACAGCCCCCAGACUCAGAGACACAACCCCAGACCCAGGGCAACCCCAGACUCAGAGACACAACCCACAGACUCAGGGCACAACCCCAGACUCAGAGACCUGACCCCAGACUCAGAGACCCACAGCCCCAGACUCAAGACCUGGCCCAGACUCAGGGCCACAACCCCAGACUCGGGAGCCACAACCCCCAGACUCAGAGACACAGCCCCAGACUCAGGGCCACAACCCCAGACCCAGAGACACAGCCCUGGGCCAGGGCCACAACCCUAGACCCAGAGACACAAUCCCAGACUCAGGACCCAGAGACACAACCUAGACCCGACACAAUCCAGACUCAGAGACACAACCCCAGGCUCAGAGACACAGCCCUGGGCCCAGGAGCACAACCCCAGACCCAAGAGAUACAGCCCCCAGACCAAGGAAUGCAACACCUCCAGACCCAGAGACACAACCCCCAGGCCAGAGACACAACCCCAGACCCAGGAACACAGCGCCCCCAGGCCCAGAGACACAACCCUAGACCCAGAGACACAAUCCCAGACUCAGGGCAGCCCAGACUCAGGAGACACAACCCUAGACCCAGAGAUAACCCUAAGACCCAGGAGCCACAACUCCGACUCAGGGCACAACCCCAGACCCAGAGACACAACCCACAGACUCAGAGACACAACCCUAGACCAGAGACACAAUCCCAGACUCAGAGACCACAAUCCCAGACUCCAGAGACACAAUCCCAGACUCAAGAGACACAAUCCCAGACUCUAAAGAGACACAACCCCUGGACUCAAGACACAACCCUGGGCAGAGACACAACCCUAGACAGAGACACAAUCCCAGACUCAGGGCCUGACCCCCAGACUCCAAGAGACACAAUCCCAGACUCAGAGACUAACCCCAGACCCCAGGAGGGCAACCCCAGACUCAGAACACAAUCCCAGACCCAGGGCACACAACUAGACCCAGAGACACAACCCCAGACUCCAGAGACACAACCCCAGACCCAGAGAUACAACCCCAGACAGAGAUGCAACCUCAGACCAAGAGAUGCAACCUCAGACCCAGAAGACACAACCCAGACUCAGAGACACAACCCCCCAGACCAAGAUACAACCCCAGACCAGAGAUGCAACCUCAGACCAAGAGAUGCAACCUCAGACAGAGACACAACCCCCAGACAGAGACACAACCCCAGACUCCAGGAGCCUGGCCCCCGGAGCCCAGAGAUACAACCCCAGGGCCCAGAGAUGCAACCUCAGACCAAGAGACACAACCCCAGACCCAGAGACACAACCCCAGACUCAAGACACAAUCCCCAGACUCCAGGGCACAAGCCCCAGACCCAGGGCCUGACACAGACUCAGGAGCACAACCCACAGACUCCAGAGGCACAACCCCCAGACCCAGAGACACAAUCCCAGACUCCAGAGACACAGUCCAGACCAAGAAUGCAACCUCAGACCCAGAGCACAACCCCUAGACCCAGAGACAACCCUAGACCCAGAGACACAAUCCCAGACUCAGAGACACAACCCCAGACCCAGAGACACAACCCCAGACUCAGAGGCACAAUCCCAGACCCAGAGACACAACCCCAGACCCAGGGAACUACAACCCCAGACCCAGAACACAACCCCCAGACCCAGAGACACAACCCCAGACCCAGAGAUACAACCCCAGACCAAGGGGCUACAACCCAGACCAAGGGCCUGACCCCAGACCAAGGGCACAAGCCCCCCAGACCAAAGACACAGCCUCAGACCAGGACAAGACACAACCCCCAGACCAAAGAGACACAACCUCAGACCCAGAGACACAACCCCCAGACAGAGACCACAACCCCAGACCCAGAGACACAACCCCAGACCCCAGAGACACAACCCCAGACCAAGAGACACAACCCCAGACUCAGGGCAGCCCCAGACUCAGAGACACAAUCCCAGACUCAGAGCCUGGCCCGGAACCCAGGGCAAUCAGACUCAGGAACUGGCCAGACUCAGGGCCUGGCCCCAGACUCAGAGACACAAUCCCAGACUCAGAGACACAACCCCAGACUCAGAGACCACAAUCCAGACUCAGAGACCUACAGCCCCAGACCCAGAGACACAAUCCCAGACUCAGAGACACAACCCCAGACUCAGAGACACAACCCCAGACUCCAGAGACACAAUCCCAGACUCAGAACCCCAACCCCCAGACCCAGAGACACAACCCCAGACUCAGAGACACAAUCCCAGACUCAGAGACACAACCCCCAGACAGAGACACAAUCCCAGACUCAGAGACACAACCCCCAGACUCAGGGCCUGGCCCAGACUCAGAGACACAAUCCAGACUCAGAGACACAACCCCCAGACCCAGAGACGCAAUCCCAGACCCAGAGACACAACCCCAGACUCAGAGACACAACCCCAGACUCAGAGACCACAACCCCAGACUCAGAGACACAACCCCAGACUCCAGACCACAAUCCCAGACUCAGAGACACAACCCAGACUCAGAGACACAAUCCCAGACUCCAGGGCACAACCCCCAAUUUAGAGACACAACCCCCAGACUCAAGACACAAUCCAAGGGCCAAGACGCAACCUUCCCAGACUCAGAAGACACAAUCCCGGGCCUGGGGCAAUCCGAGACUCAGAGACACAACUGAACCCAGAGACACAACCCCAGACUCAGAGACACAAUCCCAGACUCAGAGACACAACCCCCAGACCAAGACCACAACUUCCCAGACCCAGAGACACAACCCCAGACUCAGAACCCUAAUCCCAGACCCAGAGAUACAACCCCAGACUCAGGGCAAUCCCAGACCAGGGCACAACCCCCAGACCCAGAGACACAACCUUCCCCAGACAGAGACACAACCCCAGGCCAGAGAUUUCAACCCCAGACCAGAGACCUUUGAACCCAGAGACACAACCCCCAGGCCAGAGAUACAACCCCAGACCAAGAGAUACAACCUCCAGACCCAGGAGCACAACCCCCAGACCCAGACACAACCCCAGACUCAGAGACACAAUCCCAGACCAGGAACCCAGGGCACAACCCCCAGACAGAGACACAAUCCCAGACUCAAGACAAAACCCCAGACCCAGAGCACAACCCAGACUCAGAGACACAAUCCCAGACCCAGAGACACAACCCCAGACCCAGGAGACACAACCCCAGACCCAGACACAAUCCCAGACUCAGAGACACAACCCCCCAGACCCAAGACACAACCCCCAGACCAGAGACACAACCCCCCAGACCCAGAGACACAACCCCAGACCCAGAGACACAACCCCGAGACCCAGACACACAAUCCCAGACUCAGGAGCACAACCCCAGGGCCAGGGAGCACAACUCCAGACCCAGGGCAACCCCCAGACCCAGGAAGCCACAACCCCCAAACCAGGAAUGCAACCUCAGACCCAGAGACACAACCCCAGACCCAGGGCAACCCAGACCCAGAGACACAAUCCCAAACUCCAAGACACAACCCCCAGACCCAGGAACACAACCCCCCAGACCCAGGGCCACAACCCCAGACAGAGAUACAACCCCAGACCAGAGAUGCAACCUCAGACCCAGAGACACAACCCCCCAGACCCAGGGCACAACCCCCAGACCCAGAGACACAACCCCAGACCAAGACACAACCCCCAGACCAAGAGACACAACCCCAGACCCAGAGACACAACCCCCAGACCCCAGAGUCUACAACCCCAGACCAGAGAUGCAACCUCCAGACUCAGAGACAAAACCCCCAGACCCCAGAGACACAGCCCAGACCAGGGCUUCACAACUUUGAACCCAGGAGCCACAACCUUCCCCAGACCCAGAGACACAACCCCCCAGACCAAGAGGGUACAACCCCAGACCCAGGAGCACAACCUCGGGCAAGACACAGCCCUAGGCCCAGGAACACAACUCCAGACCCAGAGCACAACCCCCCAGACCCAAGACACAGCCCCAGACCCAGAGAUACAGCCUUCCAGACUCAGGGCACAAUCCCAGGCUCAGAGACACAAUCCAGACCCAGGAACCCCAACCCCCAGACCCAGAGACACAACUCCCGAGGCCAGAGACACAACCCCAGACCCAGGACACAACCCCAGACCCAGAGAUACAACCCCAGACCAAGAAUGCAACCUCCAGACCCAGAGACACAACCCCCAGACCCAGGGAAGACUGUGCCCCAGACCCAGAGACACAGCCCCCAGACCCAGGGCCUGACAGACCCAGGACACAGCCCCCAGACUCGAAGACACAACCCCAGACCCAGGAACACAACCCCAGGCAGAGACACAACCCCCAGACCCAGAGAUACAACCCCCAGGCCAGAGAAUACAACCUCCAGACCCAGAGACACAACCCCAGACCCAGAAUGCAACCCCAGACGCAGAGACACAACCCCCAGACCCAGAGACACAACCCCCAGACCCAGAAUGCAACCCCCAGACCCAGAGAUACAACCCCAGACCAAGAGAUACAACCUCAGACCCAGAACCCCACAACCCCAGACCCCAGAGAUACAACCCCCCAGACCCAAGAGAUACAACCUCAGACCCAGAGACACAACCCAGACCAGAGAUACAACCCCCAGACGCAGGAACUACAACCCCAGACCAGAGAUGCAACCCCACAGACCCAGAAGACACAACCCCACAGACCCAGAGACCUGGCCCCAGACCCAGGGCACAACCCCAGACAAGAUGCCAACCCCAGACCCAGAGACACAACCCCAGACCCCAGAGACACAACCCCGAACCCAGGAGACAACCCAGACCAAGAUAUACAACCCCCAGACGAAGACACAAUCCCAGACAGAGACACAACCCCCCAGACCCAGAACUGGCCCAGACCCAGAAGAUACAACCCCAGACACCCAGAAGCACAACCCCAGACCCAGACACCCAGAGACAACCCCAGACCCAGAGACACAACCCCAGAACCAGAGACACAACCCCCAGACCCAGAAAACAACCCCCAGAACCAGGAACACAACCCCAGAACCAGAACCUGACCCCCAGACCCAGGGCACAACCCUAGACCCAGAGACACAACCCUGGAGCCAGGGCCUGACCCUAGGGCAGAGACGCAACCCCCAGACCCAGAGAUGCAACCCCCCAGAACCAGAGACACAACCCCGGGCCAGAGACCUGGCCCCAGACCCAGGGCAGCCCCCAGACCCCAGGAGACACAACCCCAGACCCAGGGCAACCCCAGACAGAGAUACAACUCCCGGGCCAGGAGGGCAACCCCUAGGCCCAGAGACACAGCCUAGACCCAGAGACUUGCAACCCCCAGACCUGGGAACACAGCCCCUGCACCCAGAGACACGCCCCGGGCCAGGGCACAGCCCUAGACCCAGGAACUGCCCCCAGACCUGGGGCACAGCCUACACCCAGAGACACAACCCCAGACCCAGGACACAACCCCCCAGACCCAAACACUUACAACCCCUGGGCCAAGAACACAGCCCUACACCCAGAGACACAACCCCUAGACCCAGAGACACAGCCCCAGACCUGGGGCAGCCUACACCCAGAGACACAACCCCCAGACAGAGAUACAACCCUAGACCAGAGACACAACCCCCAGGCCCAGAGAUGGCCCUGAACCCAGAGACCUGGCGCCCACAGACCCAGAGACUGGCAAGACCCAGUACAACCCCAGACCUAGGGCCUGGCCACCCAGAGACACAACCCCAGACCCAGGACACAACCCCAGACAGGAGACACAGCCUACACCCCAGGAGCACAAUCUGGGCAGAGGCCACAGCCCCAGACCUGAGACUGGCCCUAAACCCAGAGACACAACCUCCAGACCGGAGAUACAACCCCAUACCCAGACACAACCCUAGACCCAGGAGCCUGGCCAGACCCAGAGAUACAGCCCUAGACCCAGAGACACAGCCUAGACCCAGAGACACACAACCCUAG